AACAAAUUUGGCGGCGGCCUAAAUAUGGCCGAUGACUACAUGAACCGAAGUUUAACGUAUGUAAAUACAUGAUCGGAUGUCGAGUAAUAGUGAAGUUAUGUGUUCCCAGGAAUUAUGAUAAUGGAAAGGAGGAUUAAGUUGAAAACACUGAAUAACUACAUAACGUGCAAGAUAUGUAGAGGUUAUCUAAUUGACGCUACCACUGUGACAGAAUGUUUACAUACAUUUUGCAAAAGUUGCCUGGUGAAACAUUUGGAGGAGAACAACACUUGCCCAACAUGUAGUAACGUAAUACAUCAGUCUCAUCCGCUACAGUACAUCAGCUUUGAUCGCACAAUGCAGGAUAUUGUUUACAAAUUGGUACCCGAUCUUCAAAAAAGUGAAAUAGCACGGGAACGAGAAUUUUACCGUAAUAGAGGUUUGCCGUGUCCGAAAGACAUUCCGCCGAAUCCUGGUGAAGCCGACGAAGAGAAAAACGUGGCUGACGUUCACGCUGAAUCUGAUUAUCACCGACAAGACGAACAAGUAAACGUUUGCUUGGAGUGUGUCAGUUCGAACCUAAAGACAUUAAAAAGACGGUUUAUACGGUGUUCCGCGCAGGCUACAAUUCUUCACCUUAAAAAAUUCGUCGCUAAAAAAGUACUCAAUGGAAUGGAGAAAUACAGAGAUAUUGAUAUUUUGUGCAAUGAUGAGCUAUUGGGAAAAGAUCACACUUUGAAAUUUGUCUAUGUGACAAGGUGGCGGUUUCAGAGUCCUCCGCUUACCUUACAAUACCGUCCUCGAAUCGAUUUGUAAUGUUCCAUUCUUUCCAACUUCACUUUUUCAUUUAUUUGAUUAUCUUUUUCGGUUAAUACAAGAUAAACUAGAUAUACUAAACAAAAUAUUACCAUAACAUUGAUUUACCUAUAUGACCCUUCAUAUAUCAAAUAUAUAGUUUUAAUGGUUUUAAUAGUAUUAUCACAUUUGAUACCUUUGUAUUUUACUUAUUUUAUAUGAUACUUUUUAUGAAUUUAAAACUUGGUUUGUGAUUACAAAAGGGUGCGUUCAUAUAGGUCAAAUUGAGGUUGAUACUUGAUUAGUACCUCUAGUUUAGAGAUUUUUUCGUUGUUUCUAACUCGUCCUGUAUACACAAAAAAAUUGCAGUACAAAAUAGAUUAAAAGGUAAAUCGACAAUUAAUCUUUUGCGUAUUUUGUUUAUUAUUCGCCCUAGGAGAUAAAUAAUUGGUGCUUGUCUUAAGAUAUAUUUUUACAAUCUGCAAUUCUUUGACCUCAAUGCGUACCUUUUUGUUUUUAAAUCGUAAAGCUUUAGAUUAUAAGUACUGGAUUUUGCUUCUUUUUUGUAUAUAAGAUUAAUUAAUUAAUUAAUAUGACCGCCUAUAUAUUUGAUAUAGCAGUUUUUCUUUUAUUUAUUUAUAGGAUUAAGACCCUCUGUUUCAUCUUAAGUGAUACUUAAACGUAAUUUUUGUAGAUCUCAACAAUUAAUUAUUAGGUUUAAAACCUAUUAUUCUCGAUUCGGCUUGACUAGUCUAUUUUUAAACGUAAUCGACUUUUUUUGAUGGCAAAAGAUUAAUUGUGGAUUUAUUAAUUUACAUCAAUUGGCAAAAAAGCCCUCUACUCGUAAUCACCCCAACCUAGAUUACGAAUUUUAUAUCGCAUGUGAUUUACGAAGACUAUAAACUAACCUCCCAAAUUAAUUGUAUAUCUCGUUUAAUUCUACGAUCCCAGUGAAAAAAGUUACAAAACAAAUUAUAAUGAAAAAAAGGAAAAUAAAUAAAAUGGAUGUAUAAUAACUGUUGUGGCGACACAAAACGUAUUCGGCGGAAAGAAAUAAUCAAAAUAUCGAAACAUUAUUCGUCAAUUGAAACAUGUACUUCUCGACCUCGACUGGAAGUUGACUUAAAUUCUUUCUAUAGAUAGAUCGCCUAAUUCUUCGGAGAUUGUAAAUAAUUUUUAUCGGAUGACGAAGCUGUACGUGUAUAUUAUAUAUCAAAUAAUUGAUUUACAAACUGUAAUUCUUAAUAAAUGUUUUAUACUUA